AUGAGUGGCCUCGGCCUCGACCACGUCUUCCCGUUCCCGCGCGAGGAUGCCGUGACGGUGUCCAGCGAGUCGCCAGAGGGCUCAGAGGGGAUCCGGACGCCGCAGUUGGUCAUCAACGACUCGAAAGAGUCGCUGAGUGAGAGGCCGUCGCCCGAGAAGGGACAGCCCGGUGAAGGGUCGCCCAGUUCGCUCACACAUGUCUUCCCAUGGCAGCGUUCUCCCAGCCCGCAUUUUGACGAGGGUGGCAUGGAGACCGGCAUGCAGGUCUUCGAACCUUUCGAUAUUGGCGACAUGACCCCGACUCCAAGCGAGUGGUCUGACGGGCAAUUCUCGAGCGCCCAGCAAUCGCCCGAGUGGCGGCGGAAAGAAGCAGUAUUUAGGCCUGACAGAGCGCCCACACCAAGGAGUGUGUCUGCGGCGUCGGCGUCGUCGCUGUUCAGGGCUCUUGCCCAGCCCGAACCUACUUCGGCGCCUAGGUCUGAGCCUGCCAUUCCCGACGAAGAGUUGCUUCCGACGCCUACUGCCGAAGAGAAGUUUGCCCCGCUUGCUAGCGCUGCAGACGAAUCGCAACCGGCCGUGGAAGAAGACGGCUCGACGGAGGAGCCUGCUUCGCCGGUGUUGAACGUUAUAGAAGAUCUUCAGGCCCAAAAUGAUAUCCCUGUUCCAAGUUCCUCCCUCGAUGCCGUCCCGCAAGAGCCCCCUUCAAAUGCGCAGCCUGAACCACCCCAGCCACAGCAAGAACUAGACACGGAGUUGGCAGAAUCUUCUCAAGCCCCGCCGCCCUCGCCAGUCCCCAUUUCUCGGAUCGCAAAUCGCUACAUGCUAUACGACACGGAUGACAUAUCGUACCUGAGGCGGGAGCACAACAUUUGCGGUGUCCUGAUCGGCACUCUUCCCAGCCACCCCCAGCAGAACGUUUUUCUUGGAACACCUCUUGAGCUUAUGCCUGAAGAGGCGCGUCGCCUCGUCGAAAUCGGUGCAGCUUACAUCGUCGAUGACGUUGAAAGGCAUAGGACAGGCGUGAUGGGUCUGGGCGAGGCUGAGCGCAAAGCAUUCCUCAAGGCAGUGGAGAAGCAAGGCCUCGAAGCUUCGCGGGCAAACCAGCAGAAGGCGGACGACAUCAAGAAGGAAGCCAUGAAGAAGAAUGCCGACAAGAUCGAGAAGGCGAGGAUGGCGAAGCAGGAGAAGCAGCAGAAGCAAGCGCAAGCGGCAGCCCAAGACGACGCGGACGGCGAAGAGGCAGACUCGUCUCUUUUCGCUUCCGAGGCUACCAUCCGUCCCGCUUCGCCCGUGCCGUCGCAGGCACCGUCCUCAACUGCCCCGGAAGACCGCUUCUACAUCACGCCGUCAACAUCGCACCCCCCUCUCCAGACGGCCCCGACGUCACCUCCGGAGCCCAAAGAGCUUCCAAAGGUCCCGAGAUCGUACCCGCUCUUUGCGUACCUCCACUCGAGGGGCUUCUUCAUGUCACCGGGAUUGCGGUUCGGCUGCCAGUACUGCAUCUACCCGGGUGAUCCGUUGCGGUUCCACAGCCACUACUUGGGAGUAGGCAUGGGAUGGGACGAUGAGUUUGACCUGAUGCAGCUGGUUGGAGGAGGACGAUUGGGCACUGGUGUGAAGAAGGGUUUCUUGGUCGGAGGGAAAGAGACAAAAGUUGGGCAAGUGGAUGGCGAGAGAGAAGACUCUGCCGCCGGCGUCAGGGCUUUUAGCAUUGAGUGGAGUGGGAUGUGA